UUACUAUUGUCAUUAUUGGCAAUAUGUUCCGCUCAAGAAACACUGGAAUUUUGUACAGCUCAUUAACAUACCAACAAUCAUGUGGCGAAACUGACGAUGACUUUCAACUCUCUGGAUUAGAGACCGUCAAAACUUUGAUAGAAAAGGUGCCAACGAAAUUUAGAAGCAAGGAAUCGUCAUGUUCACAAAAGAAUUUUCCAAAACUAAACGAUCGUUUGACUGUCGAAGAAAUAGGACAAAAAACGGAAUGCAUAAGAAACUGGAUUAAGGACCACAGGAAGGGAAACGAUGCAUUUUGGGCGGGGAAUACUCAAUAUAUUCGUCACUCACAUCACACGUACUUAAAUAAGGAUAGCACAGUUUUUGAUAUCGGCGGAAAUAAAGGCGAAGAUGCAGAAGCUGUGAUAAAAAGUUUUAAUCCUGGAGCUUACAUCAUACUGGAGCCGAUCAAAACUUUGUUCUCCAAUCUGGUCACAAUGUUUAAAAAUAACGAUAAAGUGACACUUUACAACUUUGGUCUGGCAAGAAAGAAUGAAAAGUUCUACGUGAAUGUUCUUGGUCAUGGAGGAGAUGCUACUUCCAUUUUUACCGGAAAUGAUAAUGGCGGAAGUUGUUUGCUACGUGUCGCAAACACAACUCAGUUUUUCGUGCAGGUGGGUAUCCCUUGUUAUGAAGUGGACUUGAUAACCAUAAAUUGCGAAGGUUGUGAAUUUGAGAUAAUGGAGGAACUUUUAUCAAGUGGAAUGAUCGUUCAAUUUAGACAUAUACAAUUUGCUACGCAUCCUACAUUAAAACAUCUAAAAAACCCUGCACAAAGAUAUUGUGAAAUUCAGGAAAAAUUAAAAAGGACUCAUAAAGUUUCAUAUCAGUAUAAAUGGUGCUGGGAAAGUUGGACUCGGAAAGAUAUUGUUUAGGUGUAUUCCAUAAGCCAGACUUACAAAAUUGGUAUCUCGUAAAUUUAUAAGUGAAAAUGACUU